CAGCCCUUGAAUGCAUCAAUACACAUCCUGUAUUUUAGUUGGCCACCCAUUCUGACAUUUAUGGGGGGCUGUUAAACUAUUUUUGAUGUCGAUGCUAAUAGGUCAAUCAGACAUUGUCUUGAAUUUUCCUCUAUCUUGCGCCACCAUGAGCAAUAAAGAAGAUUUAUCCAUAAUCAAACAAUGCCCAACAUACGAAUCUAUGCCCAGAAUUAUCCCAGUCGUGUUGUUGCGUUGGUUGCAGCUGAGCACGCACUAGUCUUUCGAUAUGGUUCAAUCGGUCUAGGACUCGAUGCAGAACGUCACAGCAAGACUACGCCGCGCUGUUUAGUUGAAUUCACUUCCUUAUCAUCCUUGGAUUUGCAAGGCUUUCGCCUUCUUGGCGACGGUCAUGGCACACUUGGUUUAAUAACUCUGGGCGGGGAUGUCUUCCUGUGUGUGGUUACUGGCUCUUGUAAAGCUGCAACUAUCAGGCCCGGAGAAACUGUUUCACGGAUCGAAAACGUGGAGUUUUUUUGCCUGAAUCAUUCAAAAUACGAAGACACCUUUGACUUCGAAAGCCAGUCUUCAAUUGCGACUGGCGAAUUUAGCCAUGGGAUGAACUCUGAGAGCAAAGAACAGGAUCUUGAAAUUCCUUUCCUGGCCUUGAAAAAACUGCUUAGUGACGGCAGCUUCUAUUAUAGCCUUGAUUUUAAUCUCACAGACAGACUGCAAGACCGAUCAGAUCAUUCGACGGCUUUCGACAUAGAUUCUCUCGAUCAAGAUAUGCUUUGGAACUCGUACAUGAUCAAUCCACUUCUUAUAUUCAGGAAUAAGUUGUCUUUACAUGACAAAUGGCAGCUAGACUCAUCCCAAAUACUGACAUGCGUUAUACGGGGAUUUUGUGGCACGUUGGCAAUCCCUGCCUCUGCUCAGCCCCUACCUCAUACAAAAACCUAUCUCCCUGCCUCUUUGACAUUAAUCUCGCGCCAAUCUUCUCGACGUGCAGGAACGAGAUUUAAUUCUCGAGGUAUUGACGAUGACGGACACGUCGCGAAUUUCGUUGAGACAGAAACAUUGCUCUGGAUCGCCCCGGAUAUCAUCUUUUCCUAUGUCCAAAUUCGUGGCUCUGUGCCUUUAUUUUGGGAGCAGGCCACGGGCUUUCUCCCGGGUCAGCAGAAAAUCGAAAUAACAAGAUCUAUGGAGGCAACGCGACACGCCUUCGAAAAACACUUCAGACUCCUUGAGCUAGAAUAUGGCACCAUCCAUGUGAUAAACCUGCUUAGUGAAUUGAAACCCGGGGAAGUCAGCCUUUCGUCGAGGUUUAGGGACCUGUUGAGAGACAAUUCCCAAAGUCAGAUAGGCACCAACGAUCUAUCUAACGGCUCCUUUCUACAGAUGACAGAGUUCGAUUUUCACGCAGAAGCCCGUGGGCCCUUAGGAUAUGGGGCCAGUGUCCAGAUCAAACAUGAAAUAUUUCCCUCUUUGCAAGGAUUUGCUUACUUCCAGUCCGGGGAGGUAGGCCCUAUGCUGUUAGAUAGGCAUCACGCGCCAAAGAGUUCAUCUAUUGUACUUCAACAAGAGGGAGUUUUCCGAACGAACUGCCUCGAUUGUCUCGACAGAACUAAUCUUGUACAAACAAUCAUCAGUUCCAUGGCUCUUGAAUGUUUCUUCUCUCAUCAAGGAGGGGAGUUAGGCCCAGAUGUCCAGCUGAGGCAUUCGACUCUCUGGGCAGAUAAUGGGGACGCCCUGUCGAAAAUCUACGCUGGAACUGGCGCAUUGAAAAGUUCAUUCACUCGGCAUGGGAAAAUGUCCAUUGCCGGUGCACUCGCCGAUGCACGCAAAACGGCGACUCGAAUUUAUGUUAACAAUUUCUCAGACAAGGCUCGUCAAAACACCAUCGAUCAUUUACUUGGACGGUUGACAGAUCAAGCGCCAGUACAGCUUUACGAUCCAAUUAAUGACUUGGUCACGGAGGAGCUGAGUCAAAGAUCAUCAGAAUAUUCAUUCACCAGGCCGGUCAAAAUUUGGACUGGUACAUUCAACGUCAAUGGACGUCAUCAAGGACCCGAGGUUGAUUUACGGCCCUGGCUGUUUCCGGACACCGAUCACCUGGGCGAUGAUCCAUUAGUAUACGCGGUUGGGUUUCAAGAAAUAGUCGAGUUGAGUCCACAGCAGAUAAUGUCAACAGACCCGACGACGCGUAAAGUAUGGGAAGUUGCUGUGCACAGUUGUUUGAACAAUCGUGCAAUGUCGAGAGGAAUCCCCAAAUAUGUCCUCCUGCGAAGUGGCCAGCUCGUUGGGACUGCUUUGAUUGUAUAUGUUAGAGAAGACAUCUUGCACGACAUAAAGAAUGUGGAAGGCAGCGUGAAAAAGACGGGCCUGUCGGGCAUGGCAGGCAACAAAGGAGGCUGUGCUAUUCGCUUCGAAUAUUCGAGUACCCGAAUUUGCUUCGUCACCGCCCAUCUAGCAGCUGGAUUUGCAAACUAUGAUGAGAGAAACAGGGACUAUGAAACUAUCCUUCGUGGACUAAGAUUUCUAAGAAAUAGGUCAAUUGAUGACCAUGACAGCAUUGUAUGGCUCGGGGACUUCAACUAUCGAAUCGGCCUUAGCAAUCAGAAAGCCAGGGAGCUUGCGCAAGAGGGGGAUUUCCAGACACUUUACGAUAAUGAUCAGUUAAACUUGCAAAUGGUGGCAGGUCGGGCUUUCCACUUCUACACGGAAGGGCCGAUUACCUUUCCCCCUACCUACAAAUAUGACAUCGGGGGAAACGAAUACGAUACCUCGGAGAAGGCGCGUAUACCUGCAUGGUGUGACCGCAUUCUAUGGAGGGGGUCCAACCUUCGGCAAUGGAACUAUGGCAUUGCUGAUCUAAGGCUUUCGGAUCACCGCCCAGUCUUAGCCUUGUUCACUUGCAUGAUACAUGUCAUCGAUGAAGGCCGAAAAUCCAAACUUCAGCAGGCUCUCUACACUCAACGGCAAAGUGCCACUCAUACUAUUCCUGCAGAUACGAGCAAGAAAGGGGGCACGGAAAAAAGCGUGUCAAUAUCCCCUGAGAUAAUUACAGCUAAAUUCCCCUUUGCCAGCUCAGAUUACCAUAAAUGGUGGUUGAAGAAUGAGACGCCUGUGAAGUCGGAACUGAGACCUCCCGCUGAAGGCUUAGUACUGAAUAUCAAUCGUGACUCAAAUCCAUUUUUAUGUGACGACAACACUAAUUGGACACUGGCGUCCGUUUCCACUGAAAGAUGCACCACCGAGAAUCGUACGAAGAAGCCCACGCUACCACCAAGGAUUAUGCCCAACUAUCUUUCACCGCACAGUAGGGAUAGCAAAGGGAUGAUGGUAGCUCCUGCAAGGGUACAGAUCCCCAUAGAUGCUGAGCGGGCAUCUGCAGAAGCAGGUGACAAGUCAAAGAUAAUACCCCCGGUACCACGAAAACCGACAUCAUGCCAUACAGAUAGCAUACCAGAAGCUCCCAUACAAGAGACCAAAAGACCUGCUGGACAUGACCCAGCUGCUCGGGUAAAAGACUCUCAAUUUGGCGCUCGAGUGCUAUCGCAUGGCAGUCGUCGGUUGGAUCACUUGGGCAGUCUUGAGCAACAAAAAGAUUCCAGACCUGAUAGUCUUAAAGGUGCACUGACAGAUGUGACAACUUCUACUGCGACGAAUGAUCUUCUUGGGGAGAUACAUGGUGAUCAUAUCAAUUGGAACCCCCUCAUUCCCAAAUAAAGGGGGCAGGUGUAUGCUAUUGUGGCCAUUCAAAUCUCAUUCUAGAAUCUGACAGCACGGAGUACUUGCAACUUACCUUGUUUUUCCCUAUGAGUAUAGCACACAUCAAAGUCUGCAAGUAGAU